CUCUCUCUCUCUCUUUUUCUUUCUAUUCUUGCUCUAUAUAGACGAAUGUAUGUAUGUAUGCAUCUGCGUACAUAUAGAAUCAUAUCCAUCGAUGUUUGUUCCGUUAACUAGUCAGUCAACAAUAAACAUAUAAGAAAAAACACACUUUCAUUUUCCCAUUCUUCCCAGUCGCGAGAAAUAUCCAUCACUUCCGUCUAUUUUCGAAAGCCUAUUAUAUUAUUAAUAUAUAUUCAUGAUUUCUCCUUUUCUUUUGUUUUUGGGGAUGAAAUUCUUAAUCCGUGCUCGUUAGUGUGGUAUGUCUUUCGGUUUUAUUGUUAUUUGAACAUGAAACUCAUUAAAAAAGAGUCAGUAGGGAAAAUCUUCAGUUCUUUGGCCAGUAAAAUUUUUGUGGCGCAAUGUGAUUCCUCUUCCCGAUACUUGACUUUGAUGGUGGAUGAUAUUGACAAUAUGAGACUUUUCACUAGUUGUUUUGUUUCGUAGAUUUUAUUUUAUUUUGUAUACUUUUUAAUCCGACACGAAUUAUGUCACCAUCUUAUAAUAAGUCUCCCUUCUCCCAGACCCACAUCACGAUAUAGAUAUAUUUUUGUCUUCAUCGAAAAAUUCAGUUGCUGAGUGUAUUAUUAUUGUAUGAAUAUUUGAAUGAAUAGAAUAGAAUAGAAUAGAUGUAGAUGAGUGUGGGGUGAAUGAAUAGCAGCAGUACUGUGUUGUAUUGUAUGCGCGUUUGCGAUAACAUGUUUAUGAAUUUGUAUACAUAAGUGAUGAAGAAGGCCCCGUCUCAGGCGCCGCCCCCGCCCCCGGCCACAGUCGCAGUUGCUGCGCUCCAGCCUCUGUCUGUCUGUCAGUCGGUCAUGCUACUUCAUAGGACCAUCGAACUGUGCGUGAGAAGGAAAUCGAUGAGUGGUUGCCAAUCACUUCUUCUAGGAAUGCAAAGUGGUGGUACGCCGCGUUCCACAAUGUCACCGCAAUGGUCGGGGCUGGGGUUCUCAAUCUCCCCUAUGCCAUGUCUGAGCUCGGCUGGGGCCCCGGAGUAACCAUCAUGCUCGUGUCUUGGGUCAUCACCGUGUACACACUGUGGCAAAUGGUUGAGAUGCAUGAGAUGGUUCCCGGGAAGCGUUUCGACAGGUACCAUGAGCUUGGGCAGCAUGCUUUUGGUGAGAAGCUGGGCCUUUAUAUCAUUGUGCCCCAGCAGCUGGUGGUGGAGAUCUCCCUGAACAUUGUUUACAUGGUGACUGGGGGCCAGUCUCUCCAGAAGGCACACCAGUUGAUCUGCCCCAACUGCCAUGACAUCAGGCUCACCUACUUCAUCAUGAUAUUCGCCUCCUGUCACUUUGUCCUCGCCCAUCUUCCCAACUUCAAUGCCAUCUCUGGCGUCUCUCUGGCCGCGGCCGUCAUGUCCCUCAGUUACUCGACAAUUGCUUGGGCGGCCACACUCAACAAGGGCAUCCAGCCCGGCAUCGAUUAUGGCUACAAGGCUUCAACUAAACCUGGUGCAGUCUUUGGAUUUCUGAGCGGGCUUGGGGAGAUGGCCUUUGCCUAUGCGGGUCACAACGUGGUUCUGGAGAUCCAGGCCACAAUCCCCUCGACUCCUGAGAAGCCAUCCAAGGGGCCUAUGUGGAAGGGUGUGGUGGUGGCCUACAUUGUCAUUGCACUCUGCUACUUCCCUGUGGCCUUCAUUGGGUACUGGAUGUUUGGGAAUGACGUGGCGGAGAAUAUCCUGAUAUCCUUGAACAAGCCUGUGUGGCUCAUUGCCACAGCCAAUCUGUUUGUUGUGGUUCAUGUGAUUGGAAGCUAUCAGCUGUAUGCGAUGCCAGUGUUCGAUAUGGCUGAGACUUUUCUCGUGAAGAGCCUAAGGUUCAAACCUUCAUGGUAUCUCAGAUUCAUCACAAGGAAUGUCUAUGUUGCAUUCACCAUGAUUGUGGCUAUUUGCUUCCCCUUCUUUGGUGGGCUGCUUGGAUUUUUUGGCGGCUUUGCUUUUGCUCCAACAACAUACUAUAUUCCUUGUAUAAUGUGGCUUAUUUUAUAUAAGCCGAAGAAAUUUGGGCUGUCUUGGUGGUGUAACUGGAUAUGCAUCGUCAUUGGCAUGUUAAUAAUGAUCAUAGCUCCCAUCGGAGGGCUCCGGACGAUCAUUGUCCAAGCAAAGACCUACAAGUUCUUCUCGUAGAAGAUGUAGAUGACAUGACGGUUGUGCGGAUGGUCUGUCUUCUUCUAUGAUAUUUGAAUGAAGGAAGAAGUAGGCUGCACGCAUACGAGUUCACUUCAGUUUCAUGGUGCAGCUGCGCUCUCGUUCCCUAGCGUUUUUUUUUGUUUUUUUAUGGUUACACUAGUGGACAAAUCUGCCCUGCCCUGCCCCUGCCAUUUACUAUUAUUUUGUUUAGCCGAUGUAACGCCUUAUUUAUUCAUCAUUGGCGAUUCCUAUCUAUUAUUUAGCAGCUGAGUGGAUGAAACUGAAACACUUUAUUAAUCAUGGAAUUCUCUAUUAUUUUACUUA